AUGGCACAGUAUACGCUUUCUGAAGAGAACGUUAGGACUAUACCUGAUGGCUGGUUCCAAGCGUGCAUCGAUCGCAUGUACGACGAGGACAAUACUCUCCAAGCCAUCCUCUCCUUGGAGGUCAAAGUGCUCCAGCCAUUCCACAAUGGCUCCAUCUCAGCAGACGAAGCAGCCUACUCUAUUACCCGUCCCAUUACAGACUAUUCAGUGCCCAAAUUGAAUACGUACUCAGACGGUUCUAGAGCACUGGCGCAGCUCUGGGCCCUGCUCAUCGAAGCGCUCAUCGAAUGGCCAUCCACACAGACACCACCUCUUGUUGCUCUUCUCAUCCAGAUCAAGAAAGCUCCGGGUCAUAUCCAUCGCAGGGAAGCGAGAGAUGAGGAAGAGAAGCCUCUGUGCUGGGAUGAUCUGCCGUAUUUCACCCGCGUCUGGUCAGACAACCACUGGAUGUCGCCGGGGCAGAUUGCACGAAGAUGUCCCGAUGAUGCUACUCUGCGCCGUGCGCGUGACCAAUACAUUAAACAGCAGGACGUGGAGGCCCAAAUAGUCGCAGCGCAGCUCUUCACACAGGGACCGUUAGCAUACCCGCGAGCCUUGCAAUAUGUUGUCCAAGCUCUCGAGUGGACCCCCGGGUCUGACGACCACCGACGCGCUCCAGACGAUGCCUUGGCUGAUGAGCAGAUCAGACUUGACUUCCUGAUACCGGCGUCUGGUCGGUGGAUUACUCAUUGUGGUCAGAGGCUGUAUAAUAGCUUGCAUAGUAACGAUAUUCCGGGCUGGGAUCCAAGGGAUAUCCCACGGUCGCCUGUAUCAUUUGGGAACCCACACGAACGUUGGACCUUCUGGGUAGAGAGGCUACUCAAGCUGUUAAAAGAAGAACAGGAUGAUGAGCUCAAGGAGGCAGCUGAAAGUGCCGUAAGGUACAUGAGGACAAUCGCAAAUGGCCAAAACUUAUAG